AGCUCUAAGUCAGAUAAUGUGUGGUUAGCUGCAUGUACCCAGGAAGUGGGUUGUUUUUUAGGUCUAUGCUACCCUUUGCCCCCGCCUUUUUUUUUUUCUUCAGUACUGAAAUUAAGCAGCAACUAGCAGAGGCCUCCUCACAGGACAUGUGACUUCGCUCUUUUCCAUUUUGCUGAAAGAGUCAGUAACAGGAGUGGAUAUCAGUUUUAAUAGCAGGUCGUCAUGGAGAAAAGGAUAAGCUGUAGUGUGCAGACAUCUACAAAUUGUGAUAACUCUUUGGAAACACUGAGCUCUGCCCACCAAGCUACAGGAGCUGUGCAGAUGAGAAUCAAAAAUGCCACCAGCCACCAUGACAGGCUGAGCCAAACUAAAUCCAUGAUCCUCACCGAUGCUGGGAAGGUCACUGAACCUAUUUCCCGGCACAGAAGGAACCAUUCACAGCAUGUCUUGAAAGAUGUCAUUCCACCGCUAGAACAUCCAAUGGUUGAAAAAGAAGGGUAUCUUCAAAAAGCCAAAAUUGCAGAUGGAGGAAAGAAACUAAGGAAAAACUGGUCUACUUCCUGGAUUGUUCUUUCUGGUCAAAAAAUUGAAUUUUACAAAGACUCCAAGCAGCAAGCUCUUCCCAACGUGAAAGCAAGGCACAAAGCCGAAAGUGUGGAUUUGUGUGGUGCACAAAUAGAAUGGGCCAAGGAAAAAUCGAGCAGAAAGAGUGUCUUUCAGAUCACAACAGUAACAGGAAAUGAAUUCCUUCUCCAGUCAGAUAUUGAUUUCAUCAUAUUGGACUGGUUCCAUGCUAUCAAAAAUGCAAUUGACAGAUUGCCAAAGAAUCCAAUUGGCCCUUCAUCCCUGGAGUUCUUCACUUUCCAGAGGUCCUCCAGUACUGAACUGCUGAGUCACUGCCACAGUGACAGCAAAGAACAGAAACCCGAGCACAGGAAGUCUUUCAUGUUCCGGCUGCAUCACAGUGCUUCUGAUACAAGUGACAAAAACCGUGUGAAGAGCAGACUGAAGAAGUUCAUCUCCCGAAGACCUUCUCUGAAAACUUUGCAAGAAAAGGGAAUCAUUAAAGAUCAAACUUUUGGCUCUCAUCUGCACACAGUGUGUGAACGAGAACAUUCCACAGUCCCAUGGUUUGUAAAGCAAUGCAUUGAAGCUGUUGAAAAAAGAGGCCUAGAUGUUGAUGGAAUAUAUCGAGUUAGUGGCAAUCUGGCAACAAUACAGAAGUUAAGAUUUAUUGUCAACCAAGAAGAGAAGCUGAAUUUGGAUGACAGCCAGUGGGAGGACAUCCACGUGGUCACCGGAGCACUGAAGAUGUUUUUCCGGGAGCUGUCUGAACCGCUCUUCCCUUACAGUUUCUUUGAGCGGUUUGUGGAGGCAAUCAAAAAGCAAGACAACAAUGCAAGAAUUGAAACUAUAAAGUCUCUGGUAAAAAAUCUGCCUCCACCAAAUCAUGACACCAUGAAAAUCCUCUUUGGACAUCUGACUAAGAUAGUGGCCAAAGCCUCCAAGAAUCUCAUGUCCACACAAAGCUUAGGGAUUGUAUUUGGACCCACCCUUCUGCGAGCCAAAAAUGAGUCGGGGAACAUGGCGAUACACAUGGUAUACCAAAACCAGAUAGCAGAGUUCAUGCUGAAUGAGUAUGAUAAGAUCUUCAGCUCAGAGGAAGACUGACAGACAAGACAAGCCUCUGAGUAUGUUCACAUCUGUCUUGAUGCCUAAUAUUUUUACAUUUCUGUAAACAUAUUUCUGAAAUAUUUUUUCCUUCCAAGCGACAGAUGCUUCAUUUUGUGAAAACUUAGUGAUGAUUUUGUAUUUAAGUUCCAAACAUUUGAAUAAAAUAAAUGACAAUAUUUUCCUAUAUGUGUUCUACAUUAACCCCUUGGGUGUUACUCUUCUUAACAUUCUAGAAAUACAUCAUAAAUGUCUCACCGCCUUAAAUAGUGUGUACACGAUAGCACCAUGUAGCUCUACUACUGCUCCUUGGCAUCAGGUAUGUGCUGGUGUAUGUUCAGAUAUGUGACUAUGUAGAAAAAUUGUGGGUAAGUAUGAGUGUGUAUGCUGUGUGCUUUCUCAAGAUCCAUAUGCAUCAAUGCUAUGUCCCCACAUACCUAAGCAGCCACAGAGAGAACACAAGCAAUAAGAAGGCAUCAAUGUUAUCAAUCAAAAUAGAGUCCUUCCAUCUUUCAAGAGUACAACCCAAUUAUCAUUUGUGGUGAUACCCAUCAUCAGUGAUGGAUGAGCUUUGUAAAUACAGCAUGUUGAAUGGCAACUUUUCUGAAGAACAAAAGAACAGUUCAAGAGAUUUGUUGUUGGACUGCCCUUUUUGUGUGUGAAUACUGUUUUGGUUCCACAAAUGUACCAUUUAGUAAAUUAAAUGGAUUGGUCCUUGUUUCACAUAGAGAUUGCAUUGUUAUUCCAUUGUGAUUCUUCAUCAAAUUGUGUAUCUUCCUUUCCUACAGCUACAUCAUUUUAUGUAGAAUUUUUAUUAUGUUUUAUUGGAGAGUUACACUAACUCCAGCUAGAAAGAUCUAUUUUUAAAUGCUUGUAUUAGUAUGCCCUAUGGAUUCCUUGACUAGACUCAUAUUAUUUUAUCCAUUUGUUGGUUACUUUCAAUUGUGAUUGAUUAAACAAAAGGAUAACUGUCUAAAAUAUAUCAAACAUUACUGUAUUUUAAAAAGUAUGUUGUAGCUGAACACAUCUCAUGCCAUUUAUGAAAGAGUUCUGCUGAUAGAAAUAUAGGUUUAUGUUUGACAGCUUUUUAAUAAACUCAAAUGGAAUGAAUAAAACUAA